UCCCAGUAGGCAGAUUCAUCAGUCAACCCUCUGCCUUCUGGGUAAAGUGCACCUAGGCUGUGGGAGAGCAACCAGGACACAGUCGUUGCGCAGUUGAAAAUGAGGCUGGUCGCCUGUGCCCUGCUAUGCGCGGGGACCCUAGGUCUGUGCCUGGCUGUUCCUGAGAAGACCGUACGGUGGUGCGUUGUGUCAGAUCAAGAGGCCACUAAGUGUUCCAGUUUCCGUGACAAUAUGAAGAGAGUCCUUCCUGCAGGUGGCCCAGCCGUUACCUGUGUGAGGAAAGCCUCUCACACUGAGUGCAUCCGGGCCAUCUCGGCCAAUAAAGUAGAUGCUGUGACUGUUGAUGGAGCUUUGGUGGCUGAGGCUGGCCUGCCUCACCACAGCCUGAAACCUAUCAUGGCAGAAUACUAUGGAUCAAAAGAUGAUCCACAAACCCAUUAUUAUGCCGUGGCCAUGGCAAAGAAGGGAACAGGCUUCCAACUGAACCAGCUCCAAGGCAAGAAGUCCUGCCAUGCUGGCCUGGGCUGGUCGGCUGGGUGGUACGUUCCCCUCAGCAUCCUGCUUCCUUCUGGCUCUCGGGAAACAGCAGCCGCCACGUUCUUCUCCAGCAGCUGUGUGCCCUGUGCAGAUGGAAAGGCGUUUCCCAGCCUGUGCCAACUGUGUGCGGGGCAGGGGACAGACAAGUGUGCCUGCUCCUCCCAAGAACCAUACUUUGGCGACUGGGGAGCCUUAAAAUGCCUGCAGGAUGGCACGGGGGAUGUGAGCUUCGUGAGCCACCUGACAGUGUUUGAGGUCAUGCCAACAAAGGCCGAAAGGGACCAGUAUGAGCUGCUCUGCGCUGACAACACCCGCAGGCCAGUGGAUGAAUAUGAACAGUGCUACCUGGCCCGCGCCCCUUCUCAUAUUGUGGUGGCUCGCAGUGUGGAUGGCAAGGAGGACUCCAUCCAAGAGCUUCUCAGAGUGGCCCAGGAACACUUCGGAAAAGACAAGCCAUCAACCUUUCAGCUCUUUGGCUCCCCACACGGGAAGGACCUGCUGUUUACGGAUGCUGCUCGUGGACUGCGAAGGGUCCCUCCAAAGAUGGACAUCCAUCUGUACCUGGGAUAUGAGCUUCUCUCUGCCAUUCGGAAUCUAAAGAGAGGUGUUCAAGACUCCCAGAGGGUGAAGUGGUGCGCAGUGGGCCAGCAGGAGAGGGCCAAAUGCGACCAGUGGAGUGCUGUGAGUGGUGGCGCUAUGGCGUGUGCCACGGAGGAGACCCCUGAGGACUGCAUUGCUGCCAUCACGAAAGGAGAAGCGGACGCCAUGAGCCUGGAUGGAGGGUUUGCCUACAUCGCAGGCCACUGCGGCCUGGUGCCUGUGCUGGGCGAGAACUACCUGUCUACCCCUGGCAGUGGGAGGCUGGGGUCUAAGUGUGUGAACGCACCUUUGGACGGUUAUUAUGUUGUGGCUGUAGUUAAGAAAUCAGAUGCUGGCAUCACCUGGAACUCUUUGCAAGGCAAGAAGUCCUGCCACACAGCUGUCGGCACUUCCGCAGGCUGGAAUGUCCCCAUGAGUUUAAUACACAACCAAAGUGGGUCUUGCAAAUUUGAUGAAUUCUUCAGUCGCAGCUGUGCCCCGGGGUCUGAUCCUGACUCUCGUCUCUGUGCUCUGUGUGCUGGUGGUAACAACCCAGCCCACCUGUGUGCUGCCAACAAUGAUGAGAAGUAUCAUGGCCCCAGCGGAGCUCUCAGGUGUCUGGUUGAGAAGGGGGAUGUGGCCUUCAUGAAGCACCCCACGGUUCUACAGAACACCGAUGGAAAGAACCCUGAGUCUUGGGCUAAGGGUCUGAAACAUGAAGACUUUGAGCUUCUCUGCCUUGAUGGCACCAGGAAGCCUGUGACUGAGGCUCAGAGCUGCCACCUGGACAGAGUGCCAAACCAUGCUGUGUUCUCCAGGAAAGAAAAGGCUGACUUUGUUCGAAGAAUACUCUUUAACCAACAGGAAAACCAUUGAGAUAAGAGAGUCUUGACUGUGGACAUCUGAGGGGGAAAGUCUCACACAAGACAAGCUGCCAUAUUGGCUAUUAUGGAAAUCAACUAAGGAAGUAGAAUGAAGAUGUGGAACUGGUUGGAGUUCAGAGACUAGAAGAGGAAGCAGCGAGGGAAGACAUGGGAGGAUCUUGUCUGUAGUUUAAAAUUUUCCACUGCCUUUGCCUGGGAUCACAGUGGCUCAGCUCUGGGGUUGGCCACCGCCACGAAUGCUGAAGCCACUUCUGUUUCCACUCAUCUUUGCUCCUGGUCUCGCUACCAACCCACUCCCAAAACCCUUGAAUCCGCAUAUAAAAAAGCACACAGAGAGACAGCCUUGUUACCUUAACUUGUCUGCUAGUCACAAUUGCUGGGUGCAGAUAUCCCCGGCCUGGAAAUGCAUGCCCUUACCAAUUUAUUAUCUGUCUCUCCAUCCGCUGUAAACGCAGUGCUUGUUCCAGUUAGCUCCUGCCAAACAUCUUUAGCCACCUGCCUGUAGCGGAAGCCACAGGCCCUAGCUUCCCCCAAGGCCUUACGUGUUUGCUGUGUCCUUCCUCUAAAGCAUGGCAGAAAAUGCCUCUCUCCUUCCUU